UCGCUUAAAAACCAAAAAACCCUCAGAAAAUCUGAGUCAAAACUCUCCUUCACUCUUCACUCUUCACUCUCUUUUUCUGAAAUCAUCAAUGGUGUUUUCUGCUGUAACCGACUCAUUUCCACCGUCAAAUCAAGAAUCAUCUGCGGUGGCGCCGCCGCCGAAAUCGUUUGCUGUAAAAUCCGAGGUUACCAAUUCGCUGCCGACUGAAAUGGUUGCUGUAAAACCUGAGGCUGCUGGGGAAUCGCUUGCGAUUGUGCAGAAAUGGCCGGGUUGGCCUGGAGACAACGUUUUCCGUCUAGUUGUGCCACUUGUGAAAGUUGGUAGUAUAAUUGGGCGUAAGGGAGAACUUGUAAAGAGGAUGUGUGAUGAGACUGGCGCCCGCAUUCGUGUCUUGGAAGGCCCUCUUGGCAAUGCUGAUCGAAUCGUCCUAAUAUCUGGAAGAGAAGAUCCAGAUGCACAAGUAUCUCCGGCAAUGAAUGCUGCUUUUAGAAUAUUCAAGCGUGUUGCUGGACUAAACGAUGAUGAUCCAGGAGCAGCAGCUGCUGGUGUUGCAUUUUGCUCUUCAAGGUUACUGGUGGCUUCUUCACAAGCUAUUCACUUGAUCGGGAAACAUGGUUCUACGAUCAAGUCAAUCCAGGAAAGAUCUGGUGCCUCGCUGCGAGUGUUAUCUGAGGAUGAUGUGGCCCCUUAUGCCACUGCGGAUGAAAGGAUUGUUGAAAUUCAUGGAGAAGGUUUGAAGGUGCUUGAUGCUUUUGAGGCGGUUGUUGGACUACUGAGAAAGUUUUUGGUUGAUCAUAGUAUGAUACCUAUAUUUGAAAAGACGUGCAAUGCAAAUAUCUCUCAAGAUCGGCUAGCGGAGUCCUGGGCUGAUAAAUCACAGUCCUCAAAGUUCCAGCCUUCUGUUCCUGCACCUGCAUCCCAAGCUGCAGCAGUUUCUGAUUAUUCCUUUUCCAUGAACCGAGACAUUUACUUACUUGAUCACGAAACUCCCAUGGACUCUACACUAUCACGAUAUGGACAGGCUACUGGACUUGGUGGCAUACGUGCUUCUGUGGCUGGCCGAGCUGGUCCUAUAGUAACACAGAUAACAAAGGUUAUGCAAGUACCGCUGGCGUAUGCUGAGGACAUCAUUGGUGUUGGUGGAGGCAAUAUAGCAUAUAUUCGCCGAACAAGUAGGGCGGCUCUCACUGUGCAAGAGAGCAGAGUACCUGAGGAAAUAACUAUAGAGAUUAAGGGUACCUCAUCAGAAGUUCAAACAGCUGAACAGCUUAUUCAGGAGUUCAUUAACAACCACAAAGAGCCAGCCCCGAGAAUGUAUGGGAUGCGUGAGCCUGGAUUUGGUUCUUUUUCACGUUACGGUGACCCCUAUUCAUCAUCUUCAUUUGACUCUCAGCAUUUUGAGGGGUAUGGAUCUUCUAGUUUAGGAGGAUACAACAGGUAUAGAUACUAAGCGCAGUAGCCUUCUGGAAUAGUUGCUGGGAAAAGUUCUCUUUUACAACUCGUGGAAACCUUAUUUUAAGAUGGAUUCAUGUAUGUAAUUAACUUCUGUUCAAAUUUUAUAGAAACGUUAGUAUUGAAACUUA